CUGUGUGAGCGUCUGACCGAGGCUUGGCCUGGCACAACACAUCCUUCUUGAGUCUCUGUCAAACAACAGAAACAAUGUAAAAAGAAGGACAAGAAAAUUUCCUCAUUUUCCACUCUACCCAAGGUAGGUCAAGUUUGCCAUCUAAUUUGUCCUAAACCAAGUCCAUCGAGUUUAUUUUCAGUAGAAUGGAUUUACCAGCAUGUCUAAAAGGAUGCACAUGUGAAAGAGAAACCUUCAAUGACUGCAGAAACCAAUUUGAAUUUCACCGACCAACAAACAAGACAAGAAUGCUCAACAAUCAAUCCCUCCAAAUGCAACCUAAUAAACUAGUAACAGAUCCCAGAGGAAAGAGUUAUGAUUGUAGAGUUUGUGAAAGAGUUUUCAAGACUGAAGAACUUUUGGAAAAGCACAUACGAAACCAUUCUGAAAACCGACCCCACAAAUGCCCACAGUGUCCCAAAGGCUUCAAGCAGCCCAGCCAUCUUAGUCAGCAUUUGCGAACGCACACAGAUGAACGUCCAUUUUUAUGCAAUGUUUGCAGUAAAGCAUUCAAACAAUCAUGUCAACUCAAACAGCACAUGAGAUUACAUACAGGUGAAAAGCCAUAUAAGUGUCCAGAGUGUGAUCGGGGGUUUAAACAGGCCAGCCAGCUGAACCAGCAUUUUCGAUUGCACACUGGAGAAAAGCCAUACAAGUGUAUGAUAUGUUAUAAGGCCUUUACCCAGGCAAGCCAAUUACGAUCACACAAGAAAACCCACGAACCCAAACCAGAGAGAAAAACUACAAGCUACAAACCCAAAAGUCAAGUUCCACAUGUCAGUAUGUCUCAAUCAUUAGCAAGUUUGCCGCCACCCCCUAUCACAGAAAGAGGGCUUUACUACUCUUCCACCCGCUUAGGUUCCUCAUUCAGUCUUAAAGAUUUAGAAAUGCCAUCUGAUGACUCUAUACAUGUAGUACAGUUGCCCAUGUCACAUCAUCUUGGAAUGCCGUUUUCAAAUUGAAAUCUCUUACGCUCUCUAUCCCAAACAGAACUGCUGAAUUUUGGUAAAGAAAGAAAAUGAUGACCAAACUUUCUGCAGUAAUUGACAGCUUUUUGCCUUGCGUCGUUAAAUUUUUAAAAACUGUUUUCUCAUUUUGAAAACACAAAAACCCUCUAGAACAUUAAAUAUAGCUAAAGCAAUAAUUUAAAUUAUUAUUAUGUAGGUUUCUAAAACCUAGAUUAUAUUUGUUUGAAGUGUAAAAUUUUAUGUCAAAAGAUGAAUGAGAAUUGUUGGCAUAGGUUUGAAAAACCAGCCAAAAUUUGUUGUUGAAUGUAAUAAUAAUAAAAAAAACCUGUCCGCUUCUACUAAAUAGGUUAGAUUUGCUUUGUAGUUUUAUGGUCUUCAAAAAAACAAACAACAAAAUCACUUAGAUAUUGAACUAUUAACUUGAAACUGUUUAAAGAACUAGAAGAAAAGUCUUAAUGUUAUUUAGUUUAUUUGGCUCUUAAGUGAGCUAUAUUAUUACUUCAGAAACCUAUAAUAAAAAAMAAAAUUUCUGUGCAGUAAAUACUGAAAGUAUGUACUGUAUUAGAAUAAUCAACAAAUGAGCUAGUCUCUGCAACAAUUAAGAGUAUAUUGUUUUUAGUUAGACUUAAAGAAUUUGCAAAAAAAGGUUUAAAUAGUGUAAAUAGCUCAUGUAAGCUGUAACUAAAUGUAAAAGUAAAAACUUGAAAUUGUCAGAAAAAAAUAAAGUUUGGGCAGUUUUGAAUAAUCUGAA